AGCAGCCUGCACAACCCUGCGAAUCAAGCAGCCUGCAAAACCCUGCAUCUCUCAAACGGGCGUUCAUAUUCAAAGGGAUUACUAUCACAGAGAUCUGUUCAGAGGAGUCUGAGGCGCGCCGCGACCGACAAGGUGGAUCACGCCAGCUCAACUGGGAAUGCUUUAUUGUAGCCAAUCAUGGCAGGCAAGCUGAAGCAUGAUGAAGGACCUGCCCACCGACCAGCUAAGGGCAUCAAAGGCUCGCGUAGAAAGCUCAAGGUGCCAGUUGACUACCCGCCCUUCCUAGCCCUGCAACUCGUCUUUAACGACUACUUGCAAGAAGCUUCCUCAGAUUGGUUCAAAGGUUGCAGGCUGGUGAGCAAGCAUUUCAAGUCAGCUGUCGAGGCUGCACACACGCCUUGCACGUGGCAGCUCAACAAAGAACGCUUGAACAAUGAGUUGCAGACCGUGAUCCGCUUCAUCACCUCUGAGCCCCGUUGGGAGUGGGUGACAAAGGUUAAAGUCAGAGGAGGUGGCGUCAGGAUGACGCAGGCGAACUGCGAGCUGCUGGUGGCGGCUUUAGGGGCUAAGGCCUGGGAGUCAAUUAGUCUAGUAGAGGUCAAGCUGAUACAUCCCUUCAUGCUGCCCGCCAUCAUCAAGACGUCAGCCGAACGUGGCACGCUCCGCCACCUGUCGAUCGCCCAUUCGCCCGUCUCCUCGGCCGGCCUCCAUAGCGCCCUCUCCUCCCUCGGACACUGCUUGCGGAUGCUCGAGCUGUCACCCGGCAUCACUUUCCUUGCUCAGUCCGAAAACGAUUCGCUGGUCGCUGAAAACUACGGCUGUAAAAGCGUCCGGACUCUUAUAUUGGGCGACGCGCACAAAGCUGGGGCUGCGCGUGAGCUGCGGAAACGCAAGCAGCCGCCUCGCCCUGCAAGGAUCCCGGUGACAAUGUUCCCGCUCGAGCCGCUGCGAACGCUGUGGCUGACCGGCCUGGGGGGUCUGACGGAAGACGACGUCAUCGGUAUCUUUCAGCGGACGCCGCUCCUGGAGGAGUUUCGCUUGUUUCGCAGCUUGUCCGCUUCGUUGACGCCAGCAGCCGUUGUUGGCGUGUUCAAGGGGCUGACACGUCAUCACUGCCCGCGUCUCGUUCGGCUUUCAAUCGGUCGGAAGUACGACCCAAUUGGAUACCAAGAUCUGCAUGGUUCUUGGCUGAGGCGCUUUGCGGACGCUCAUCCAAAACUGACUGAAGUCAAGCUUUUCCUGGACGGGAAACUGUCUUCCGAGCACUGGUUGUACGCGCUCGAAAAGUGGGCGCCAACUUUAGAGAAGGUCACCGGGCAAUUCGGGUUGGAAUACACCGAGGACUUGGACCCAGAGCGGCAGCUGGUGCUGUUUGCUAAAGCCCCCCGGUUGACGGAGCUCGAGUGCCUCGGCGGAAGCUACCGGGACGAUAUACAGUGGAUACGCUAUCAGGUGCCGGGUACGUUCGCGAAGCUGAAGCACGUCUUGGGGGACGACGUCCGCCGCAAUCAUUGGAUGUGCAACAAAUAUAAGUGGUUGGUGGAUGAGAUAAAGUACGGGAGACGGCGCAGGGAGCAGCCUGGGGGCUGGGAACCUAGUCGGACGGUUGUUGAACCGGACGUGCUUAGAGUAUUCGGAUUAGCAGCUAUUGAACUGCAAAGUCGAAUUUUAUGCAGAUGGGUUGCCUUACAAAAGCGUCCUGUUCUGCCAAGGCCGGGAUAGAAAUUCAGGACGCGAUACUAGCUUGACUUCGAAUGAAAGAGUAUUUGCAAUGAGGCGCCCGUCCACGAGUCGUGAUGAAGACGUCGUAACAAAAGAAUGGUUUGGGUUCAGAUCGAGAGUUCCCGGUGUUGUUGUAUCAGAUGUUCUGUCCCUGAUUUGAUCGGACCUUCAUGUGCACUAUAACGCCC